AUGAUCCUCAGUCUAUGCCUUUUCAUCUUCGCAGGGAAUAAACCUUUAGCACCGGAUAUCGUCUUUACGCUUGUCGCUGUAUUCAAUAUUAUUAAGAGUAUGCUUACCUUGAGUGUACUUGGUGCUGGGCAGUACGCGCAAGCGAUGGUGAGCUUGCAACGAUUAAGUGACUUUAUGGACCGAAAGACUUCCCCGGUGGUCACAGACAAAACCCAGCUUACGAUGCAGGCUCAGAGAAUAGACCGUCGGGUUCCCUCAUGUUCUACAGUGCAGGUCCUCGGGGAGUUCAAUCACACUCAAGCCAGCCUUGACGUCGAGUUUUCCAAGGGCGGACUCAAUGGGAUUACGGGUGAUACUGGGUCAGGAAAAACUUUAUUGCUACACUCAUUGCUGCUUGGUAGAUUUGGAAACCAAGGCAGCACAGGGCUCGGCAAAGCACAAUUCGAGCCGAUUGCCUACGCAUCUCAAGAGCCUUGGCUUUUCCGAGGCAGUAUCAAGGACAACAUUGUAUUCGGGACUGCAUAUGAUCAAAAGCGCUACGAGCGGGUCAUUAGAGAUUGCGCGCUGGAGAAAGAUCUUGCAGCUUUCAAGGACGGUGACCUCAAAGAGGUAGGUGAAGGUGGCCGCAGUCUCUCUGGAGGUCAACGUCAGCGGGUGUCCCUUGCCCGAGCAAUGUAUACGAACGCAAAUGUUGUCAUAUUGGAUGAUAUCCUCUCGGGGUUAGAUCCGAGCACCUUUGAUUGGGUGGUGACGAAAUGCAUCUUCAGAUCGGAGCAACGGAAUCGCACAAUGAUAAUGGUUACGAAUAGUCAGAAAAUACUCCAGAUGGCUGAUCUAGUCAUCCACAUGGAGAAUGGCAGAAUCGCUCAAGUUAAGAAGAAUCUCAGCACCAAAAACAAGCAAAGCGUGCCCGACACGGACUAUGUCGAUUGUUUGUUUCAUGAUCAGCCAGAAGCCUCUGAAACAAUAUCUGCAACUUUUGCAAGUACCGAGUGCAGCGACGACACGGGCCCGAUCUCUGCGGAGGCAUCAAACGAAUGUCCUGAUUUUUUGCGAGUGAGCAGUUUGAGAUAUGGUAAGUUUAGCAGCAUUAUCCAUUUCCAGGUAAUAACCCUUCCAGGCUUCAAAUACCUUCGGUCAUUCGGCAGUCGGCCAUUCGUCACUUUAGCAGUGAUUUCUGCCGCAGGAGCUCAAGCCUUGGAGAUCGGGCUCCCAGCAUGGCUCUCGAUUUGGAGUGCUAUAUCAGUGAGAAACGAAAAGGAAGGUAUGGAUGGUUUUUACCUAGGAAUUUAUACAGGUAUGACGUCCCCUUCUGAUCACAUCGGGCGGCAAAUGCUGACUACAAGAGCAGGACUCGGUUCAGCGCAAAUAGCGAUCCUGGCAGUCUCGCUGUUGUUGCUAUACUCGGGUGCUUGGCGAUCUAGUCGUGACAAACAUAUGGAAAUGAUUUCCGCAAUUUUCAGCACCACUUACACUUGGAUCUGGAAUACCCCAGUGGGACAGGUAAUCAAUCGUUUCUCGUCCGACGUCGCAAGUUUGGACGACACACUGUUCAGGACUUUUCGUCCAGUUUUGGACACAUAUCUAUCAAUUGGCCUCCGAAUUCUCGCCGUAACAUCGCUUAUACCACUCUUCUUUCUGCCCUCUGUCAUGCUGUCUGGGUUUGCAAUCUACGUGGGCUACCGUUACCGUUUUGCAGCAACCGCCGUGAAGCAUAUAUACGCCGCUAGUCUCACGCCGCUGCAUCACAGUAUUGCGGAAACUGCGUGGGGCCUUAGGACAAUACACGCAUUUCGUGCCCAGGGGAUGCUACAGAAGCGCUUCAAUGCGGCAGUUGAGCACCAUGUCCAGGCAUGGAAUGCCGUCAGUGACCUUCAAAGGUGGCUGGCAGUACGGAUGGAUAUUUUCGUCGCUUUGAUAUCAUGCUCGGCGGCAACAUUAGCCAUCUUGCGGCCGCAUUCAAGUGCACCUGUUGUUGGUCUUAGUUUGACCCUCACAACCGGCCUCUGCACGGCUCUACUUUAUCUGGUUUAUCUCUCGAGUCUUCUGGAAGUGGAAAUGGCCAGUUACUGCCGUAUCGAGAACUAUAUCCAGGAACUCCCACAAGAGGUUUCUUCCUCUAAGCUUGACGCCUGUGCAGUAGAACAUUGGCCGACACAGGGAUUGAUAUCCAUUGAGAACUUCGGAGCCAGCUAUGCAUUGGAUGGAGAUGAAGUUCUCAAGGAUGUCAACUAUAGAGCGAAUCCCGGCCAACGAACAGCUAUUGUCGGUCGCACAGGAAGCGGAAAGACUUCCUUGGCACUGAGUCUGCUACGGCUGACGACUAGGACGCGUGGAUCCAUAUCCAUUGAUGGCGUUGACAUUGAAUCGGUUCCAGUUGAAAAGCUACGGCAGAGCAUAAGUUUUAUCCCUCAGGAUCCCACACUGGUUGAUGGAACAGUACGUUUCAAUCUGGACUUCAACAGAGAGUAUGACGAGGGAUAUCUGCAAUCCAUCCUGGAUGACGUGGCGGGUACAAGGAAAUGGAGGCUGGAUGACACGGUCGAACAGAAUGGGAGAAAUUUCUCACAAGGCGAGAGACAGCUCAUUACCCUCGCACGAGCUAUGGUGAGCAAACACAAAAUUCUCAUCAUUGAUGAGGGGACCGCUAGUCUGGACAAAGCGAGCGAAGGCCGUAUCAUGGCUGUCCUUCGGGACCGCUUCAGCGAAUGUACGGUCAUGGCCAUCACGCACAGGUUACACAGCAUUAUCGAUUUCGACCAAGUCCUCGUAAUGGGCGAUGGCCAAGUGCUGGAGGCGGGAAAUCCUUGUCACCUUCUUGAAGGAGGGGAAAGUCUUUUCAAAGCAUUGUAUCUGCAGCAGUGUGGCACGGAUGCUGUGAUUAGUGGCAAUCUCAGCGACUGUCGCCAAUCAUAA